AUGGCUGAAUUUCGAGGGAAAAAGAAGAGAUUGUCGAUAAAUCUUUCAUUUCUUACACUCACUGAUCAUACAAAACCAAACGGGGCCAACAAAUCUGUCAAGAUAUUUAAGGAGCCAGAUGGUGUUGUUGGGCUUGGCAUUCUUGCAGCUUUGAACGAUCGAAAUCUAGAACCAAUCUUUAUGAAUUGUAGCAGAGAUGCAGUUGUUGCAAUUUCCCCCAAAUCCUGGACGAACCCUACUCCAGUUUUGAGUAACAAAAAUGUCAGUGAUAACAAAAACAAGAAGCUUAGUGCUGGGGAAAUGGAGCUGUGUGAGGAGUACACUUGUGUUAUUUCACACGUGGGGGACAACUUGAUCAAGAAAAGAGAGUACUUUGAUGCUGAUUUAUUGACAAAAAAUAAUGGGUCUGAGAGGGUUUCAAUUACUGGUGGUGAAGGUGGCGGUGUUGGUUUUUGGGUAAGUUCCGGGAUGGUAUCUGAUUCUUCAGUGAGUCCUGGUGGCGAAACGGACGACUUUCAGACCGAGAAUUUUCUGAAUUCUUGCUUUCUUUGCAAGAAGAUGCUUCAUGGAUUGGAUAUUUUCAUGUACAGGGGAGACAAGGCAUUUUGUAGUGCAGAGUGUCGCUGCAAGCAAAUUUCCAUCGAUGAAUGCAAAGAGAAGUUGGGUGCUGGCAUGAGAAACCCAAAGGAGUACUCCAUCUCGCCUUGCUCUAGUACAAUGCAAUUUUUUGUGGGUGUUGCAGCAGCCUAG